UGAUCCAUAACGGGAGGCGAGGGAUGGGGGGGGGCAGUUAUUUUGACGCUGAGCUCGGUCGGUAUGGACUCCCACAACAAGGCCUGGCUUUUUAAAGCGCUAGUAGUGGAAACAUAUUGCUUAUAAUCGGAAUACUGGUGGUUUGUAUCUCCCUCUAGCAUGGCAGCGUGUAAGCAAAGCGGCGUCGAGUGCAGCGGAAACGGGGGAGGCGGAUGUGAAGCGGUCCAGACGAAUAAAUAAGAUAUGAACGCGUCUUUCUACCGAGCCUGGCAACAUCGUGGUGGAGUCAACGACGCCGCGGAGUGACAGACCUGGCAACCAUGAUCCAAGAAUAGGACUAAUUCAAUGAAACGAUACAAUUAACGGGAAGUUAUUUUUGUUCUGGACUACCGGGGAGCAGCGGUGCUGCGCACGGGCUCUGGAGCACCGGAUCCCGGCUGGGAAGCCGAUGAAGAGUCGGUGGCGGUGGCCGGGCCGUAUGGAGAUCCGUCGUCCAUAAUUAAAACGACUUAUUCGGGGCAUUUUGUGCGUGCAGUGGUGGUUGUCAACGACGUUUAAAAUCGCCCCAGCAGAGGUCUUCAAUCUCCCUUCACCCCUCUCCUCCCUGUGGAUCAUAGGAACGCCCUGUCAUCACACCCUCCUCUCCAGAUAGACCAGAUGGAUUCCCGGAUCACCUUUCAUCCUUAAUACCUUGUCUCUCUUUCUGCCCAUCUUCCAACUCCACCACUUCCCUGUGUCAUAAUGGGUACCUGGAUGGUUUACAAAGUACUCUAGGGCCCUAGAGCAAGGCAUUGCUCUGCUGUUGACACUUUAGUGUUUGCCAGAAUGGAUAUGGUGUCUUGGGGUGUUAAGACGGAUAAAUCAGCAUCGACAGUCGCAGUGGAAACGUGAUAUCCAUGACGGAUCUGAGAGAGAGAGAAGGGCAAAAAACAGAGACAUAGGUUCAACUAUGGUUUAAAACUGCCUCAUAGCACCUUAAAUGACGGCUAGUGGAAUCUGGGAACUCUGAAGUGCCUUGCCUAAGGGUACGCCAGCAGGGCCAAAGCAAUGUACUUUAAGGAACCCAAACCCUUUUUUUUUUAAAGUUUCUUUGGACAGUGCGCUGCUCUUGUGAUCACUCCAUUGAUAUUUCUGUACCUCCAUACCUCCAUUCCUUUCUCCAGUCCUCUUCAUUUCAUCUUUCCAGCCCAUCCAUUGCUUCUACACUUUGGUCUAGAGGUGCGUGUCUCCUUCCCUCUUUGUUGUUUUCUUUUGGCUUGCCCAUCUGACCUCCACCCCUCUCUAGCAACGGCCGUCCUCCCCCCUCACCCCCGCCCCCAGUCAUCGUCCGCCAGCCUCUCCACCCCCUCUCCCCCUUCCCCUCCCCACCACCACCACCACCACCGCCAUCCUCACCCUAAGCCCCACUCACACCAGCACCACCGUCACCACCACCAACUCUCCUCCUCUCCCCCUCGCUUCUUGCCCUCUCCCUUCCUCGCCUCAUCUUCAACGGAAACCAUGGCGAUGGCUGCCACUGCCUCCUCCUCUCCCUCAUCCCCUUCGUCCUCAUCAUCGACCAACGGCGGCAGCGCCCGGGAGCACCUGCUGGCGGUGCGUCGGCGCACCCGGCCAUACACGAUUGGUCCAGAUAACCUCCGCAGCCUGUCGGUGCAGGGCACAGAUGGGGAAGUCGGUGCCCCUGUGUCCUCCUCCCCCACUACGUCGCCGGGGAGCCAACCAGAAACAGCGGGAGUUGGGCUGCAGCGGGCCAAUAGCGACACAGACCUGGUGACAUCAGACAGCCGCUCAUCACUUGCGGCGUCUACGUACCAGCUGACUCUAGGCCACAGCCACCUGGUAAUCUCCUGGGACAUCAAGGAGGAGGUGGAUGCCACGGACUGGAUCGGCCUGUACCACAUCGAUGAGACGUGCGUGGCCAACGUGUGGGACUCCAAGAAUCGUGGAGUGAAUGGCACCCAGAGAGGACAGAUUGUGUGGAGACUGGAGCCGGAACCCUACUUCAUGGAGCCGGAGACUAAGAUCUGCUUUAAAUACUAUCACGGCGUAAGUGGAGCAUUAAGAGCAACAACUUCUUGUAUCACCGUCAAGAACCCUGGAGUACCGGUGGGCAGUGAAGGCCAAGUGGAGGACCAAUCAGGGACUGAGCACUGUCGUAAACUUGUCAGCUUCACCCUAUCCGACAUCCGGGCGGUGGGCCUAAAGAAGGGCAUGUUCUUCAACCCCGACCCCUACCUGAAGAUGUCGAUCCAGCCCGGGAAGAGGAGCGGCCUCCCCAAGUUCACCCACCACGGCCAGGAGAGACGCUCCUCCAUCAUAGCCAACACCACCAACCCUGUGUGGCACGGGGAGAAAUACACCUUUGUGGCUCUGAUGACUGACGUGUUGGAGAUCGAGGUGAAGGAUAAGUUUGCCAAGAGCCGACCGAUCAUCAAGCGGUUUCUGGGUCAGCUGAUCCUCCCUGUUCAGAGGCUUCUGGAGGGGCCGACUGCUGAUGACCAGCCAGUCAGCUACAGCCUGUGUCGUCGUCUCCCUACGGACCAUGUGAGCGGGCAGCUUUCGUUCAGGGUGGUUGUCACCUCCACUGGACAUGAAGAAGCGUCCCCAGAGGCUGUAGGAGCCGUCCUAGGUGCAGUGAACGGUGACCCUGGAAGUCCCUCAGACGACGAAGACCUCCCUCACCAAUCCUCUUCACGCGUCACAUACAGACCUUCCCCGACAGGCCCCGACGAAGGCUCCAUGUUAGUCAAUGGUGCUUGUUACUAUGGAGAUGACAGCAUUUGGCAGGAGCCUGGGCAGAUGGGACAGGAGGAUCUGCUUGCUGUGGCUCUGGGCUGUCACACCCACCGGCAGGUGUCGCUCAACGACUACCUGGACACCAUCGAGGCUCCAAGGAGCCCCGGGGACCGACCUUUCGCGGGGCCUUCGCCGAAACUCCGCUCCAGCUUUCCAACAGACACGCGGCUCAAUGCCAUGCUGCACAUAGACUCCGAUGAGGAUGAGGAGACGGCGGGGCAGCACAGGGAGCAAUCCCAGGAGACAAGGACACAGCACAGCACAGACUUAGCCUUAUCGAGUAGGUGGGCUACAUCUGAGUCUCGACAGGGGAAUGAGGGUUCAAAAGGAGAGCCACAGGGGCAGAGCGGAGCUGCAACUGGGCCUGGCGCUUGGGCUACAACAGAAGCAGGUUCCUCUGCCAGGGCUCAGCCUGGAACUGAACCUGCAGGUGCCGAACCUGGAGAUGAAGCUGCAGAAGCACAGGCAGGAACAUCAACAGCUGCCGAGACAGCAGCUGGGACCGGAGGGGUUGCUGGAGCGUCAGCAGAGGCUGCACACGUCACUGGAGACAUUCUGACAGCUUCUUGCUCAUCUCAGGCAUCAGGGACUGAUGUACAAGCAGCAGCUGGGCCGGUUGAGUCCGUGGGGGAAUGUACCUGUCAGGAGCAGAGCAGCAGGACAGGGGCAAACCAGGAGGUACCCUGCACUCCCUCACUUGGUCCACUUUCACCCAUUCCGGAGGUGGAGACAAGAAAAGAAGUGGCUCCGAAGGCGGAGGAGGAAGGGGAGUCAUCGAGCAGCGAGGCCAAUGGACCAGUAGAAGCAGCUGCUCCUGUGAGCAGCACCAUAGCUACCCAAGGAGGAGGGACUUCUGAAGUUGGAGCGACAGCCAGUGAGAGAGGCGCUCGGGAGGAGCAGGAGGACGGGGAGGUGUGGAGGAGGAGGCAGUCCAUGCAGGCCUCCGGAGGCACAGCCCAAAACCAGGAGGUUUGUGGGGCCAGAGGCAGUCCGAACGGGACAGUUGUGGAGAGAGAGACAGACUGGGAGGCUCGUAUUGACAGCCAUGGUAGGAUCUUUUACGUGGACCAUGUGAACAGAACCACAACCUGGCAACGUCCCACCGCUCCCCCCGCCCCGCAGACCCUCCAGAGGUCCAGCUCCAUACAGCAGAUGGAGCAGCUGAACCGCAGGUAUCAGAGUAUACGUAGGACGAUAACCAAUGACAGCAGACCAGAGGAGCAGCCAGCCAAUGAGCUGCUGACAGAUGAGACUGACAUGCAACCUUCUAUACCAGAGCUGCGUAGGGACACCAGUGUGGCUCAGUCCAGUCCCAGGUCUCGCCUCACUCUGCUGCUUCAGUCCCCCAGUGCCAAGUUCCUCACCAGCCCCGACUUCUUCACUGUGCUGCAUUCCAACCCUAGUGCCUACCGUAUGUUCACCACCAACACGUGUCUGAAGCACAUGAUCAGUAAAGUUCGUCGGGACGGUCACCACUUUGAGCGCUACCAGCACAACAGGGACCUGGUGGCCUUCCUCAACUUGUUCGCCAACAAACAGCUGGAGCUGCCGAGAGGCUGGGAGAUGAAGCACGACCAUACCGGCAAGGUGGGGCGACGCCCAUAUCAACCAUCUUUCUUUGUGGACCAUAACUGCCGCGCCACCACCUUCAUCGACCCCCGGCUUCCUCUUCAGCGCACUCGGCCCCCGAGCCUCCUGGCCCACCGCCAACACCUGACUCGCCAACGCAGCCACAGCGCCGGGGAGGUCAGCCCGAGGCGACUGGUUGGUGAAGACCCCCGUCACGCCGGCCCGCCCGUCCUGCCGCGGCCUUCCAGCACCUUCACCUCUGCCAACAGGGGGCAGUGCCAAGACGUCGUGCCAGUGGCUUACAACGAGAAGAUUGUGGCGUUUCUUCGACAACCAAACAUCUUUGAGAUUUUGCAGGAAAGACAGCCUGACUUCAACCGGAACCAUCCACUCAGGGAGAAGGUGCAGCUCAUACGCACAGAUGGAGGGUCAGGAUUGGCCAGGCUGUCAGGUGAUGCUGAUCUUGUCAUGCUACUAAGUCUGUUUGAAGAUGAAGUGAUGUCCUACGUGCCUCCUCAUGCUUUACUUCACCCCAGCUACUGCCAGUCACCUCGGGGAUCCCCUGUCGCCUCCCCACAGAACUCGCCUGGUACUCAGAGGGCCAACGCCAGAGCCCCAGCACCCUAUAAGAGAGACUUUGAGGCCAAAUUGCGCAACUUCUACAGGAAACUGGAAACUAAAGGCUACGGCCAAGGACCGGGCAAGCUAAAGUUGAUCAUCCGUCGUGACCAUCUGCUGGAAGACGCCUUCAACCAGAUCAUGUGCUAUUCCCGUAAAGACCUGCAGCGCAGCAAGCUCUACGUCAGCUUUGUCGGGGAGGAGGGGUUGGACUACAGCGGGCCUUCCAGAGAGUUCUUCUUCUUGGUUUCCAGGGAGCUGUUCAACCCUUACUAUGGUCUCUUUGAGUACUCUGCAAACGACACUUACACCGUCCAGAUCAGCCCAAUGUCUGCUUUUGUAGACAAUCACCACGAAUGGUUCCGGUUCAGUGGUCGUAUUCUGGGUUUGGCUCUGAUCCACCAGUACCUGCUGGAUGCCUUCUUCACCAGACCCUUCUAUAAAGGCCUACUGCGCAUUCCCUGUGACCUGAGUGACCUGGAGUACCUGGAUGAGGAGUUUCACCAGUCCCUUCAGUGGAUGAAGGACAACGACAUAGAAGACAUGCUGGACCUCACCUUCACCGUCAAUGAGGAGGUGUUCGGACAGAUAACAGAAAGGGAACUGAAGCCCGGCGGAGCCAACAUCCCAGUAUCCGAGAAGAACAAAAAAGAAUACAUUGAGCGGAUGGUGAAGUGGAGGAUAGAGAGAGGAGUGGUGCAGCAGACCGACAGCCUGGUCAGAGGUUUCUACGAGGUGGUGGAUGCCAGGCUAGUAUCAGUCUUUGACGCAAGGGAACUGGAGCUGGUGAUCGCUGGCACAGCUGAAAUUGACUUGUCAGACUGGAGGAACAACACCGAGUACAGAGGAGGUUACCACGACAACCACAUCGUAAUCCGGUGGUUCUGGGCAGCAGUGGAGAGGUUCAACAAUGAGCAGAGACUACGGCUUCUGCAGUUUGUGACCGGGACAUCCAGUAUUCCUUACGAGGGCUUUGCUGCUCUGCGAGGCAGCAACGGACCCCGCAGGUUCUGUGUGGAGAAGUGGGGGAAGGUCAGCGCAUUGCCCAGAGCCCAUACCUGUUUCAAUCGGCUGGACCUGCCACCUUACCCAUCCUUCUCAAUGCUGUAUGAGAAGAUGCUGACAGCCGUGGAGGAGACCAGCACCUUUGGGCUGGAAUGAUUCUCGUCUGACCACCGGCACAAAUUUCAGCUUGCCUCAGUCACCUCAAUGACGAGUAGUCAUCAUAAGAAGAGAGGUAGCCUUUGUGAUGGUUGUCCAUCACAAAGGUUCAAAAAGCUGGAUUUAAAGUCCAAUUUCUGGUUUGUGCUUAAUUUAUAAUGGGCUAUCAUUUAUAACGGAGGCUGAUAAGACUUUUGAAGCUGCACUCUGACCUUUUGAAAUGUCCCAUGUACAGAGGUAAACACUUGUUUUUUUCUUGCACCUGCACACAUUUCCCACCUGCUUAGUAACACACCCUGUGAUGUGACGAAUGAAGAGCCACACCGCCUUUGGGACCAGAAAUAUUGACUGUUGGGAUUUGACCAAUCUGUGACCGGGAUGAGUUUUUUUUCACUUUCUCUUUGAUAACAGGAGUUAACAGGAGUACACAUCAAAGAAGAAGCAACUACUGCCUCCACUGUAAAAGCUCAGUGGACUCAGCGGACCUCAGAUAUACGGCCUGUCCAGAACUGUGUUCCUUGCAGUACAGUGUCUCUUUCUGGCCUGUAGUAAUAACCACUCACGCAAUUAAUUCUCAAAGCCCUUCGAGGACUGCCUGAUAUAACAUUUGGUAAGGUUUUUGGAAUUUUCCCCUGAACUUCUACAGCAAAUUUUGGUCUCCAGACAGAAGCUUUGGUAUUUUACAGUAUUUUCAUCUCCAAGAAAAAGUGAUUUUCUAACGAUGUGGCAGUGACAUGUUGUGAUUUGAAUGUAACCAACUUUAUCAUGUAGAUUGUGUGGGAAGUGAUUUUGUACCAGAUUUGGAUCAACUGGCAAAACAAAUAUUUGGCCAUCACUUAAUGAGUAAUUGUUUUGAUGGUAAGAAAGAAACACGCACUUUUAUAAUCAUAUCCAUUUAUUUGGAUUGUACUUGAUUGUUUCUCUUUGAUCCAGGUCCAUUUUUCAAAGUUUGUUAAAAGUAGUCUACACUCAAGAGGCGCAGAUUGAAAGAAGAAUGUACAUCCUAAUAGGCAAUCUAAAUGAAGUGUCAUCUACCAGUGGCGGAUCGAGAACAUUGGGGAGGUAAUAAGUCUGUCUGGGUGGCAUGGGAGGGUGGUGGCAGUGGCGGUCUGAGAGGCGAUUGUUUAUUUUAUUGCAAAGUGACUGUUGUUGCAUACGAGGCCUCUAAAAGGGGCCGCAUGUUUCUAUCGCAGGGACGUUUUCGAAUGUCAAUGCAUGAAAAUGACUGAAGAUGAAUCCAUGAUCAUCGGAUCUGGUAGGCCCCUUAUCAGGGAGAACCAAAUGUAUCCCAGCCAGUUAAUGCUGCCUAAUCUGACAAUAAUUCUACCUUUACCGCUGCUGUGCAAUCGGCCAUAUUUCAUUUGAAUCCCAGUUACACACAUAGCUGUUACAUGCAUGAAAUUUAGCAAUUGGAUUACAAUUUGUGAUUCGUGCAUAUGUAAAUCAUUGUAAUGUUGCAGUAAGGGUGGGGGGGAUCAUUUUAUCUAAUUUUAGUCUUCACUACUUCGACUACUGCUGGAGUUAAUUACAGUUGGUAUUGAUUGGCUCCAGUCCCCCAGCGACCUCUCUUAACAGGAUAAACAGUUACAGAUAAUGGAUGGAUGGAUAUUUGGUAUACUUUGUAAACACGCAAAAUAUACAGUAACUUAAGUUUACAUGCAGUGAUGUAAAAAGUACAAUAUCUGAAGUAUAAAGUAACAGAACAUUAAAAUACUCAAGUUCAAGUACAAAUACCUAAAAUAGUACUUGAGUAAAUGUAGUUUCCAAUAGUUAUUGAGAUAUUUCAGGCUGAACUAAAGUGGUUGACCAACAGACAUUGCUCUCCCUUCAUCCACAUCACUAGCAUGGCUAAAAUGAAGGGAUGAACGUAUCAGCUCAGUUGCAGCCUGCAAUGUAUCUUUUUAAGCCAACGUAACAAUAAUGGACUGGCUCUGAUUAUUGGGCGUUAUCAGUUACGGAUUGUCUCCGUAUUUCUUACUUGGUUCAGUUUGGACGGAUCAGCUGUCCACCCCCACUGUGCCUCCCUUUAGAUCCUGCCACGCACCCCCAUAUCAGAACCAAAAACUAAAUCUCCAAGCCCCACUACAGCUGCUGGUGUGAGAAACACAAUAAGGCAAUUAGAUUUUAAGAUGCUAUUUUAAGUUAAUUUAUUAUGUACUCACAGAAAAUGACCCUGAGAUAUGAAAACUGAUUUUGAUUAAGUCAAGGACCUACUGUUUUUCUUGUUUACACUUUUAAUGAAUGUACACAAAAUAUUACAAAAUAUUAUUUCAUGUGCAAAUUCAGUUUAAUUCAAUUGGGAUCAAAUAAUUCCAUUUUGGUAAUGAAAAUGUAUUAUUUCCAUCACUGAAUGCACUGCCCUUUGUCAGUCUCACCAGAAUGUACCAAAGUUUUGAGCCUGAACUGGCUGCCUCACAUCCAAACAACCACUCUUUCUGUACAGUCCACCUCACUUUUGAAUAUGAAUGUUUGUUCAGCACUCUGCUCCUAAUAUAAAAUGUUGUUGCUCUAUGCAAGCUUUCUCUUCUUCUUUCCAUGUCACUUCACUCUAUUUGAGUAAAACAAAGCAAGAUCAAAUUAAAUUUAUAUUUUUGUCUCGUCUUUUGUUAGAACAUAAAACAUACUGUCAUGUUCUAUUGUCUAUUCUAAAGAAUACUUUGCUCCUGAGAGUCACACAACAUACUUAACUAAUGACUACCUGAAUUAAUCAUGAAUUUCAGUAUUAAUACUUGUUUAUAAAGCAUAUUAACAUAGUCCCCAACCAUUAG